CCCGGCUCCCAAAACUUCGGCGAAGGAGGCUCCUCCUGCGUGCGCGCCCGCCCGGCUCAGCCUCUCGCCUUGCUGCCGCCGCCGCCGCAGACACCGCCCUGGCCCGCCGAGGAGGAGGAUGAGCAGCAACCAAUUCAACAAGGGGCCCAGCUACGGCUUGUCCGCCGAAGUCCGCAACCGGCUUGCCCAGAAAUACGAUCCGCAGAAGGAAGCCGAGUUGCGGGUAUGGAUCGAGAAUAUCACGGGCAGGGAGAUCGGUCCAGACUUCCAGAAGGGCCUGAAGGACGGCGUCAUCCUCUGCGAGCUUAUAAACAGACUCCAGCCGGGAUCCAUAAAGAAGAUCAACCGUUCUGCUCUCAACUGGCAUCAGCUGGAGAACCUCUCCAACUUCAUCAAGGCCACGAUCAGCUACGGCUUGAACCCCGUCGACCUGUUUGAGGCCAACGAUCUCUAUGAAAGUGGGAACAUGACGCAGGUCCAGGUCUCGCUGCUGGCUCUGGCCGGCAUGGCAAAGACGAAGGGCAUCGACAGCGGUGUGGACAUCGGGGUGAAGUAUUCGGAGAAGCAGGAGCGGUGCUUUGACGAUGCAAAAAUGAAGGCCGGGCAAUGCGUCAUUGGCCUACAGAUGGGCACCAAUAAAUGUGCCAGUCAGUCUGGAAUGACCGCCUAUGGCACCCGAAGACACCUGUAUGACCCCAAGAACCAGAUCCUGCCUCCGAUGGACCAUUCCACCAUCAGCUUACAGAUGGGCACCAACAAAUGUGCCAGCCAGGUGGGUAUGACAGCUCCCGGCACCCGGCGGCACAUCUACGACUCCAAACUGGGCACCGAGAAGUGUGACGACAGCUCCAUGUCCCUGCAGAUGGGCUCCAACCUUGGCGCCAACCAGAGCGGGCAGGUCUUCGGCCUGGGCCGCCAGAUCUACGACCCCAAAUAUUGCCCGCUGGGCAACCCCAGCGAAGCGGCCAACGCGGCCCAUGAGCAGGACGGGAACUCACCGGAGUACUGCUAUUACCGGGAAGAGGCGGAGCAGUGAGCUUGGAGGAUGGGGGGCCCCCCCGGCCCCCCCACCCCACCCUUCGCUCCCCCCACUUCUGUACCAUUCCUUCUCCCUCUGCCGCCAGCAGUCCUGCAGUAUCCAUGUAUUUUGUAAUGUCCCUUUUGGAAGAAAAGGAACCCUAUAUAUUUUAUUUUUCUGAGCAGAGGUGAAAAUAAAGGUCUUGAUAGUUUUUAGUGAAGCGAGUUGGAGGUGGUCUUUGAGACCCCCAUGUGGUGGUAUUUCCCACCCGCCCCAGGCUGCAUGGACAUUCUGAUCCAAACUCAGACCACUUUGGAUGUAAACCAAGGGUUUACUCCACGUUUCCUCCUUUAAAAAAAAUAAAUCCCCAUUUCUUAUAAUCUGAACCGUAUCAACGGCAUUACCUCUGUGGAAAUUAAACGCCGCCUUACAUGGAGGAGGAUCUAUGUAAACUGUACAUAAGUUCCACAUGCAUGUGUAAUAUUUUUAGUCUGGCUCUUACGAAAUGCUGGGAGUUGUACUGAAGUAUUUUCUCUUCUCUUCCCUUCCCACCCCACCCUGGGCCACCGGAAAAAAUUUAAGGCAUGAACUGCCAGUGUCUAUAAUGUUAUGGACCAGACCGCUUAAAAAAAAAAAAAAAAGUCUGGCUGAAUUCUGUGCCUUACUAGGCCCCCACCUUGCUGCUUCUCCUCAUGAGUGGGGGAAUUCAGGGGCCUUUCCCCCUCCAACUGCAAGAAACCCCCCUCCCUUUCUAACUCGAGAGAUUUUGGCAGGCUUGCAUGCUCUCCCCACAAACUUGCUUAAGAGCUAGAAACAUGUAGAUUAUUAUUUUUUAAAUGUGAUGCACCCUGCACCACGUUUUGUUCCUGAUGUGCAUGGUGUAGACCCUAUCCUGGGAAUAUUCCAUCUCUAUCUCUUUCCUAGAAGGCAACACCAUUGGUGUUUGGUGCCGAAACCAAGCCUUAGGCAAGUUGGCAACCCCCCUUUUUGGCUUGCGUUUGGAAUCUCCCUGCCAAAGAGAGGAAUUCUAGCAUGAAGUAGUGUGGAGGAUAUUUGGGGUGACACUGGCAGAGGAAUAAUAUUGGAAAUGGUUAAGCGAGGCAGUGAGGAUCGUGAACCAAAUGCUGGUUGGGUGGUCACCACCUGUUCUCGUCAUCUCCACCGUAAUGAGGACUAGAUACUUGACCCUUUCUCUGUGUCUUUGGAAUCUAUCGGAUUUCAAGCAAAAGCUGUGGAUUGUUUGUAGAAGGCCUGUGACUAUUGCUUUUCAUAUAUAGCACUUAGUUUUUUAGACUGUUGCCUGGUCCUCUUGCACAGUAAGAGGUGUUUGAAACCAGGCCUAGAGGUUGGAAUGGUUUCUUCUGGCUGGCCCAGUUUUCAAUCACGCAUGCUGACCAUAUACAACUGGCUUCCCUUAUCGGAAGCCAACCUUUGUCAUUUGCCAUGUCGUGAGAGGAUUUGGGUUGACUUCUCCUAGGAUUUUUUGGAAGAUUUUUUUUGUUAGUUUUCAUGUUGUUAUUUGUGUCGUUAACAAUUAGUUGCAAGCCGUAUCUAUGAUUUGGGCUGUUAGGGGCUCUGUAUUUCUUGGAGAUGGGGGUGUCCUCUCAUGAGGUCUAGCAGCUUGAAGAGGCUUUCAAGGCAGACUUCUGUCUCUUCCUUUCCUCCACUUUUCUACUUAACAGUGGCCUUCCUGCCCCUCUCUGCUGCUGCACAACUGAUCAAGGGACCAAGAAUUCUGUGUAUUUUUCUCAUGCCAAAGCAGAUCUAUUCUUAAAGAAUUUGUGUGUGUGUGCGUGUUUAUACACACACCAAUCUAAUUAUUUUGUGAUAUUUAGCGAGUAGGGACCAGUAUUUUUGGAAAUAAUUGAUAACUAACUUUUUAAAGCAUAAGUUUCAUGGUGGCUUUAUGUUGGAGGAAAGGUAUUUUUAUUAUUUAGUGGGGUAGGAAAGGUCUCGAAUCGUAGGCUGGCGUUGGUAGUAGAGGUAUGAAGUGGGUGGGGGAGAACCCUUUGUUAGGUUUUUGCCUGUGGCUAUAGUGCAGGUUUUGGAGUUCAGUGAUUCUUCUUGGUGAAGAGUUCUGUGUGAACUCUCAAGCCUGCAUCACUCCGUCUCCCAGAGAUCAAGGACUGAUGCAAAGAGAGGUAAAGUAUGCUGGUGACCACAGAGCCCAGUGGUCAAUGCCAAUCUGUUGCAGUGAACAUAAACUAGACUGGGGACCCUCCUCUUAAUGGAGGGUCAUGAACAGCUUUGCAUGAAUCACCUUGCAUGAACAAGUAUUAUCUGUGUAAUAAUGUAUGUUUGUUCCUGGUAUGAUAACAGUGAGGCAGGGCUUGUGGUCUGCCGAUAAUAACCUUCCAGGCUUCCGAUUUUUAGAGCUAUAUCUGCCAGGCUCAAAAGGUAGCCCAUACACAAAAAUGGAUAACUUCCCAGUUGUUUGGACAAUCUAAAAAUAGGAGGGAUGAGUUGUGUGUGGUGGGCAAACUGAAGGAAUCGAGCCUUCUGCUGCCACCUAGCAGCUAAUAAUCUUAAGGUAUACUGCUCCUGUACUUGAAGGUUCCUCUUAGCCAUCACAACUCGUGGAGGUGGCCCCAGGUUCUAGUCAAUGAAAACUUCUGCCACAGCUUUAAAUUUUAAGACUGUUGCUAUAAGAUGUUGCACGGUGUCAAAAAAAGGGAUGGAGAGGCACUUUUCAUACUAGUAGAACCUCGGGGUGGGCGAAUCAUCCCGUAAACAGUACAUUCAGGGCAGAUUGCUGGGGGCGGGGAGGAUGGAUUGCACAAUGUGGAAUUUGCUUGUGGAACUCAUUGCCACAAGGUGUAGCCAUGGCUACCAGUGCAGAUGCCUUCUUAACCGGGAUUGGAGAGGUUUUCAUGCAUGUCACUUUGCUGUGAUGGCUAUAUGGAACUUCCACAUGCUGAAGCAGUCUAACUCUAAAUAUUAGCCACUGGUGCAUCAACCUUGGGGAAGGUCUUUGUGACAUUGCUUUCUUAAUAUGCUUUUGGGCAACAGCAACAACAUUGGCAAAACGCAAAUUGGACCAUCUCCUCCAUAACUGUGUACGGAUAGAGCUCUGUGGCCUUCUCUGGCUGGGCAUGGUUGGGGGAGGAACAUGGUAUUCAUCUCACCCAAUGGGACUCCUCGCGACCAAAUGUGAACCUACGAUAUUUGAAUCCUAGGCAAUAAAAUGCUUCUAAAAGCAAAA